AGCCGUCGAUACCAUUCAACCAAGAUGAAGUUCCAGCUAGUGCUCGUGCUAUCUUUGGCCGCCCUCGCCUGCGCCGUCCCGACGACCCCCUCUCCGGUAAACGGGCCCGAGAAGCGCGUCACCAUCGACGAGGACGGCACCAUCACCGUCCUCAGCGGCUCCGGCAAGAAGAUCGUCAUCUCCAAAGCCAUCGGCCACCCGGGCCCCAAGGACAUCGAAAUCUCCGUCGACGGGCCCUUCGGCCCCGUGAAGAGGAUCCAGGUGGACGGGGCGACCUCCGAGAGAACCGUCGACUUGUUCGACGUGCCCGCCAAGCACACGGAGGAAGACAGGGAAAAAAGGAGCAGCAAGGAGUCCAAGGAUAAGAAGAACAAGAAGCCCCAGACGGAGGUGCUGUCGCAGAUCUUCAAGGAGUUCGAAGGGGUUGUGGAUGAGGCUUCUUACGAGAAUUUGCUGGGUAAAAUUAACAGCGCUGUGCAAGCCGGAGAAUUGAACCCCGCUGUAUACGAGGUGUUGCAAAGUUUGAACCAUUACAAGUACGCUGAAAGGUACGGAAACGUGGUACCCUUUAUGGUAAGAGGCUACCCGUACGGUAACCAAUACGCUACUCCCCAACAACAAGGACAAUACCAAGGAGUAGGAGUACCUCGUCUUCCUUUCGUCCAGCAGUACUUCGGGGCACGAGAACAAUUCCAACAGGGUAAAGAAUCGCAAUAUCCUCAGCAAUACUACCAGAAAUCACAGCAAUACUACCAGAAACCCCAGCAAUACUACCAACAACCCGAGCAGUACUACCAGCAAUCCCAGCAGUACUACCCGCAACCCCAGCAAUACUACCAACAACCCCAGCAGUACUACCAACAGUCUCAGCAGUACUACCAACAACCAGAACAGACUGCUUUUAGCCCACGUUGGACACAGUGGAGAUCUCUUGUAGAGCCGUCUGUUAACCCCAUGCAUUAUUUUUAA